ACGCGUCUUGUGAGGUGCAAUGAUAUGAUUGUGCGCACCAUGGAUCUACUAUUCCCCUACAUCGUGCCUCUUGCCGCUUGUUCUUUCGUUUUUCUCUGUUGGAGACUUUGGUUGCUGGUGAAAUCGACUACCAAGACCAAGAUUGCAUUUCUCAUUCGCAAGGCUCUGGUCUAUACCUUGGUAGUUCGGCGUCGGACUGCAUCAACGGAUACCCCAGUUUUCAGUAUGAUCAACAUCAUUUUAUUCAUCGCAAUGAACAUCACAGCUUGCCUCUUUAGACUCGCAGACAUUCAACAUCUCGCUAAACGAUGCGGGACACUUUUGAUCAUCAAUAUUAUCCCACUUCUUCUCGGGGGGCGAACAAACUUAUUCGCAGACCGAAUACUGCGAAUCUCAUUGGAUCAGUAUACCUUGAUGCACCGCUGGGUGGGAAGAGUUUGCGUUGUACUCGGUCUUGUUCAUGGUAUUGUGAACUCUGCUACUUCAUCUUCGUCCACCAUGGAAACGAUACUCCUCUCGUUAUUAGCCUCGCUGGGUGGCUUAUCCUUUCUCUACUUUCGGCGGCUAAAGUUCGAACUCUUCGUCAAGGCCCAUCUUACCCUCGCUCUCGUAUUAGUCGGCUUUCUUUGGUUUCACGUCUACUUUUACAAAUCUCGUGCUGUUGUAUGUUUGGGAAUAGCAUCUGGGCUAUGGAUUUUGCAGCAUGUAGUGUGGCUGAUUCGCCUGGUCUACCGAAAUCCUGGUGCUCGCUCGACGGGUAAAGUUAUUUACAAACACCAUACUGGACAGGCUCAUGCGAUUGAGCUGACGAUACAACUCGAGAAGCCUUGGGAUGUCAGUCCAGGGCAAUACGUAUACCUGACGCUUCCUAGGCUAGACCGCAAUCGAGCCGGUUUUGUACAGACUCACCCCUUCGCCAUCGCGUGGGUCGACGGAUCUGAUAUUACUGUUCUCAUCCAGCGACAGGGGGGGUUCAGUGAUGCCCUGUUUACAAGCCAAGAAACAAGAUACUCUGCUGUUGUUGAUGGUCCAUAUGGCUCUUAUCAAUCGCUGGAGAAGUACGACAAAGUGCUUUUCAUGGCGAGCGGGAUUGGUAUUGCCGCUCAUCUUCUUGCCAUCCAGCACCUCCUAAGAUCACACAACCUUUGCAAAGCCCGGGUGCGAAGAAUAACACUCGUGUGGUUUCUCGAAACAAAAGAACAAGAAUACUGGGCACAAGGGUUCUUGACUAGGCUCAUAGAAGAAGACGAUCGCAACAUCUUUACGUCAACAACUUUUACACCAGAUAACACGUUAGAUCGGGUUUCUGUGCCGCGGCGGACUUAUGCCCAUGAAGGAUCCAGCAUUGUCCGGGAAAGACACAUCCGCACGAACAAAUCAUUUGAUGUAGCAUGGUAUCUCGAGCAAGACAGCAAAGCAGAAGCUGGCAAUAUGAUCGUUUCUGUGUCUGGAUCGCCCAAAUUUGAGGAUGCCGUUAGGCGUGGCGUGAAAUUGAGCAAGAAGGACAUACAUUUUUCGUUGGCUGGAUUUCGCCCUGAGAAGACUAGCGUCAGCCAGUCUUCUUGUACAAGGUUUUCUUAGAUUAGGCUCGUGCGUACCCAGAUGAAUACAUUCAAUUGAAGUGAUAUGAUUGUACCACACCCCUGAAGGAGGCUGGUUACAGACGAAAAGGGGUUAGUAAAGCGUAAUACAUUCAAUGUUCCAGUGAUCGUGCACUUGCAUCAUCUGUACCUUAUCGGUGUCACCGUUCAUGCUGGAUACCCCACCCGCGUAUGAAAGCGGCGCAUUUGCUUGUCCUACGCGGCAGUGAUGGGUCGGAUGUCAGAGGGACCGAGUGGGUGACCAAUAGAAUACCAUGUCCCCCUGGAGAUGUAUCGUAGCGUAUGUUGGGAUGCUGUGACAUAAAAGACGUGUAGGGAAGGUGCUCGCCCAAAACUUGAUUGACUUUGCGGCGUCCUGUUAAAAGUGCGUUGGCCCACGACCGUUUAACACCAGCAGAUCUUUCGACCUUGGGGCGAACGCGGACGUGCGGACGUGCAGGGGGAAGAUCUUGUCCGUGCUGAGCACCAUGCGCGAACGAUGACCCGGCUACCUUUGGCCCCCUGAGGCGAGUAUGCCCCUGCGCGAACCUCUCGCACAGGGCUGCAUUUGGCCC